GAAUAAAUAAUACGGAUUUUUCACCAAAUGCCCCUGAGGUUUACUUUAAUGCACCAAAUACCCCUAAACUUUCCAAAAUGCACCAAACACCCCUGACGUAUGCAAUAAUAUCAUUAAAUGCCCUUUUGUCUGACGGACGUUAACCCUCCGUUACCAUGUUUUUACCUUGUUGCCCUUACUUGUCCUUUCUGGCGCCAUAUCAAAAAAGAAAAAAAAAAUAAAAAAAAAUUCAAAACCUAACUUCCCAACUUCUUCCUCGACAUUUCUCUCUGUUCUCUUACACCAUUAGAGAGCACUUGAGUACCAAACCAAAGAGAGAGAAAGAUCGAAAGUCGCUGGGAUUUGUGUAAAACAACUCGCAAUAGUUAGUCGAAGUAAACCCCCACGAAAAGAUCGACAAUUUGGUCCAAAAAUCUGCAGUUUUCGCGAGUCCUACAAAAGUGGGUGCAAGGAGAGCAAAGGACUGGAAUUUGUGGCUUCAACUUCAUCAAAAUUGUGUCAAGGAUGGUCGCAAUUUGGUUGUUAUGUCAUUAUAAUGAUCGGAAUUUUGAUGUGAGGGUACAAGAUACUGAUGAAACGAACUACAUGGAUUUGGUUGAUGACUUGUUUGAUGAUUCUAUUAAGCAAGAUGUUCUGAUUCCCGAUUUAUUUAGAUUGUUUUAUGUUAAUCCUAGUACGAAUAAAAGAGUAGAAUUGUUGAAUGAUGUUGGUUUGAUGGGCAUGUGGGGUUUAUUUAAGCGCACAGAUACUGUGGAAAUAUGGAUAGAGAAGGCAAAUGAGAAGGAAACUUCAAUCCAAUUUAGGACUGCAGUUAAGAAAAGGAAGGAUAGGAAGGAAAGGAAGGCUGCUGAACUUAGAAGGAAAGCUGAGGAGUUUGAGAGGGAGAGGGAAGAGGAAAGGAGAAGGUUAGAAAGGGAGGCUGAGAUUCAAAGGGAUUUGGAGGAGCAAUUGGCAAACACAGUGGCAGUUGAGGUGCCUGUGUAUGAUGUUGAGGAUUUAAGCGUAGAGUACGUACGUGUUUACAGCUCACAACAUGCUGACUGCUUUUCCCCGGGAGGUUCCCAACCACCAAAUACACAAAAAGAGCCUUCACCACCACCAAGAGAGCCCUCACCACCACCAAAUAAUCCAUCACCACCACCAAGAAGUCCCUCACCACCACCAAGAAGUCCCUCACCACCACCAAAUAAUCCAUCACCACCACCAAGAAGUCCCUCACCACCACCAAAUAAUCCAUCACCACCACCAAGAAGUCCCUCACCACCACCAACCUCACCACAGACACAACCACAGCAACAACAACAACAGACAGAACAUCAGCAACAACAACAAACAGAACAUCAACAACAACAACAAACAGAACAACAGCAACACCAACCCACAGAACAGCAGCAACAACAUCAAACAGAACACCAGCCAGAUCAGACACCCCCUCCUAACAGGGCUGAGUUAAACAAAGGGAGGGGUUUCAGAAUUUCCAGAAGUCAUGCUAAGAAGACGGGUGAGUUUGUUCCUAAGAAGAGGGGGGAAGGCCUGCUGGUUCAAGGGUGAGGAAACCCACUGCAUACAAUGUGGAGGAAGAGGAGCAAUGGGAUGAUGAGAGUGAUGAUGAAAAUUUUGAGGAGAGUGAGAGUGAUAGUGAAACUGGUUUCAACUCCGACGAUUUCAUUGACGAAGAAAUUGAAGAAGAUGAAGAACAAGAUGUUCUUAAGGAGGUAAUUUCUGAGAGAAGUUUUGAGGAUCAUUUAGAUGGGAGUAAUAAGCUGGAUAAUUUGUAUGCAAAUGGGAAAGUUGUGGGAAGCAUGCCAUGGGGGACUAUCAAGUUGCAACCAUGGAUGAUAUUCCAAAGCAAGACACACUUCAUGGAGGUCUUCAGAG